UUUUCCAAUCAAACAUCACUUUCCCAUCUUAUUCACUUAACAUAAAUAAGCAAAAGAGUUUGUUCGACAGGUUCCUCACUCUCACGCUCACAAUCAUUUGCAGAAAAAGCGAGAUCAAUAAUGGCACUGAGAGCAGCCAUACUCCGCCACAUUCGUCUGCCACUCCAAGCCGCCGCCGCCACUCCGAAACUGCAGCUAUGGCAUACUUCCAUCCGCUCCAUGUCCUCACACGACGAUCACAUCACCAAAGAAGAGGUCAUCGAGAGAGUCCUUGCUGUCGUCAAAGAUUUCCCCAAAGUCGAUCCUUCCAAGGUGACCCCAGAUGUACAUUUCCAGAAGGAUUUAGGUUUGGAUAGCUUGGACAAUGUGGAAAUUGUAAUGGCACUAGAAGAGGAGUUCAAGUUGGAGAUCCCUGACCAGGAAGCUGAUAAAAUUGACUCUUGUCAUCUUGCUAUUGAGUAUAUCUCUCAUCAUCCCAUGUCUAGUUAACUAAGGUGGCCUUUUCUUCCCAUUUGGUUUCAUAUUGAACUAAGCAUCAGUUCAACUUUCCCCCAAUUUCUCUCACUGGAUGUUUCUGGUACUUGGUCUCUAUUCUUAUCUUUUCCUUUUUUCUUGAACUUGCGUGAAGGGGUUGGUUGUUGAAAAUAAUGUGAAUUGUUCAGAAUGGAGUUUAUCAGUGAAGAACUGGUACUACUGAGUUUUUUCAAGGACCUUAAUUUCAACUGUGCUGUUUUAA